CGACUACAGUCGCAGUGCAAACAAGUCGGCGAUGAAGCAGUUUCUGGUGGCUCUACUGGCCGCUCUGCUGGUAGCCGCUGUUCAGGGCGGAAUUCUGGGCAAGAUUUUCCACCGAGAGUCCACCACCUCCACUUCCACCUCUACAACUACAACCACAACCACUGAGGAGCCGCGUCGUCCGUUCUUCCUCAACAACAAUGUGCCCGCCAUCGAGGAGGGCUGUGAAGGGCAGUUCAAGUGCAAGAAGAAGCUGACCCAGGUGCCGGCGCCCCGGCCCUGCUUGAAGUACUGCCUGCACCGCGUCACCUGUCCCAACAACCAGACCACGACGGCCAAGCCCAACCAGUGCGUCGAUCUGGACGAGCAGCAGGUGCUGGCCGCCUACCAGGCACCCACGGAGCCUCCGGUCGCCGGAAAACCGGCGGUCAGCACCAUGAUGGUGGCCAUGAUCGACUUCCCCUGCCAGCCGGGCUAUCUGCCCGACCAUCGUGGUCGCUGUCGGGAAAUCUGGUAGUCCGGCUCCUCUCCUGACACGCGCCCCUGCCUAAUUAUACCUGUGGAAUUUUUUUAUAAACAUGCAUAGUCUGAAUAAUCACAAUAAAACCAA